UCUCUAGUCAUACGGCGGCUGGUAUUUUUUUUUAACAUUUAUAUGAUGGCGGAGGACAGCGAAUCCGCGGCCAGCCAGCAGAGCCUGGAGCUAGACGACCAGGACACCUGCGGGAUAGACGGAGACAACGAAGAGGAGAAUGAGCAUUUGCAAGGGAGUCCAGGUGGAGAUUUGGGGGCCAAGAGGAAGAAGAAGAAACAGAAGAGAAAGAAAGAGAAGCCCAGCUCAGGGGGUGCAAAGUCUGACUCUGCCUCAGACUCCCAGGAGAUCAAGAACCCAGGCCUGCCCAUUCAAAAGCUGCAAGACAUCCAAAGAGCCAUGGAGCUACUGUCCUGCCAGGGUCCAGCAAAGAGUAUUGAUGAGGCAACCAAGCACAAAUACCAGUUCUGGGACACUCAGCCUGUGCCGAAGCUAAAUGAGGUGGUGACGAGUCACGGGCCAAUAGAAGCAGACAAAGAAAACAUUAGACAGGAGCCAUAUUCCUUACCUCAAGGCUUUAUGUGGGAUACUCUGGAUCUCAGCAAUGCAGAUGUACUGAAGGAGUUGUACACGUUGUUAAAUGAGAACUAUGUGGAGGACGACGAUAACAUGUUCAGAUUUGACUAUUCACCAAACUUUCUAAAAUGGGCUCUGCGUCCACCUGGCUGGUUACCACAGUGGCAUUGUGGAGUGAGAGUGUCUUCGAAUAAGAAGCUUGUUGGCUUCAUCAGUGCCAUCCCUGCUGAUAUACGAAUCUAUGACACGGUAAAGAGGAUGGUUGAAAUCAACUUUCUGUGUGUCCAUAAGAAGCUGCGUUCAAAGCGUGUUGCUCCUGUGUUAAUCAGAGAAAUUACACGGAGGGUGAACUUAGAAGGAAUAUUUCAGGCCGUAUACACUGCAGGAGUGGUGCUUCCUAAACCUGUGUCCACAUGCAGGUACUGGCAUCGUUCUUUGAAUCCCAGAAAACUUGUGGAAGUGAAAUUCUCCCACCUAAGCAGAAACAUGACCCUGCAAAGAACCAUGAAACUCUACAGACUACCAGAUAGCACCAAGACUCCCGGUCUGCGGCCAAUGGAGAAGCGGGAUAUUCGGCAGGUAACCGAGCUGCUACAGAAAUAUCUGAGACGUUUCCAACUUGCACCAUCUAUGGGAGAAGAGGAGGUGGCUCACUGGUUCCUUCCACAGGACAACAUCAUUGACACAUAUGUGGUAGAGGUAUUUGGAAUCUGUUUCUAUCCUCAAACACUGAAAGCACUUCUGUUGGUUCUUCUUUGGUGCAUAAAUACUCUUUCCCUCACUCUUCAGGGAGCUGGUGGUGGACUGACAGACUUCAGUAGUUUCUACACACUGCCCUCUACCGUGAUGCAUCACCCUCUUCAUAGGAGCCUGAAGGCCGCUUACUCUUUUUACAAUGUUCAUACACAAACUCCACUACUGGACUUAAUGAAUGAUGCACUGAUCCUCGCCAAGCUGAAAGGGUUUGAUGUGUUCAAUGCCUUGGAUCUAAUGGAGAAUAAAGUGUUCCUGGAGAAGCUCAAGUUUGGCAUAGGAGAUGGAAAUCUGCAGUAUUACCUCUACAACUGGAAAUGUCCUCCAAUGGACCCUGAUAAGGUUGGCCUGGUCCUUCAGUAGCAGGCCUCACAAAAGCUGCUACACAAACACUGAUCAAGAGGUCAGAGGCCAGGGACCUCUGGCUGUCCCUUACCUGAAUAUACAGGUAUCCCAAGCUAGACAAUGAGAACUACAACAGAAAAAAAGAAAAAACACAGCGGGUUGGAGGCGGUUCAACCGGCACUCAACUCGUGUCAUCAAGAACAAGUCUCAGUUCACCUGGAGGUGAAAGCUCAUGAAAUCAUCACCAUCCUGAAUGUGAAAUCAUGCUAUGCCUGAGAUACUCAUACAGUACAACGCUCCUGACAUGAUGCACACUCACAUUGAAAACACAACAGCUUGACAAACAAGAGGAUGCCUUGACAUUGUGAAUUCCGUUUAGUUCUUCUCCAUCAGCAGAUGCCUUGUUAAAGGGACUGGCAUGUUGUUUUAAUUUAUCUGAUAUUGAAAUAUGUAAAUGAUAAUCAAUGAACAUGAACAUGACCACAGUACUACACGACAAGUCAUUGUCCACUGCAACUGCACACUUGCAGUGUAAGAGCAACUUAAAGGCAACCAAUGAGUAAUUGUUUCUGUACCGUCUCAUAUCAUCAAGGAAAGUUUUUCUGCUGGCUGUUUUUGGCGUUUGUCAGAAAAAAUGUAAUGAAGGUGUUUCUUUGAAA